AUGUCAGACGAUCCAUUUUUUACUGUUAAAGAGUAUAAUAAAAUUUCAGUAAUUUCUUUAUUAAGAGAAAUAGAACAAAAUUUCACGACGGUAACAACCUUAUUCGAAAGCUGGAAUCGUAUCUUUAGUACAGUUUCAUCUAGGAAUAAUGAAGAAUUACGAAGAACAGAAGAAGAAUUAAAAUCAACCUUACAAGAUAUAACAACUGAUCUGGAUGCUAUACGAGUUGUUGAAAAUCACCCUGAUAAAUUUAGUUUAACAAAACGUGAAAUAGAAUCACGUCGUGAAUUUGUUGAACAAACAAGGUUGCGAUUACAGGAAAUUCGAAGAUCCUUGGAAAAUAAUCGUCAUCAAGAAUUAAUUGAUGGACAUAAAUCAACAAAAUUAUUCGAGCAAGUUAGAUCAAAAUCAAGAUAUGAAGAAGUUAUAGAAAUGGAUAAUACUAAAUUCAUAGAAAAUGAAUCUUUACAACAAACUAUUUUGCUAAGAGAACAAGAUGAUCAAUUAGAAUCAUUAUAUGGAACUGCCAGAAAUAUUCAUGAAAUUGCUACAACGAUGGGAACUGAAUUAGAGGAUCAAAAUAUAUUGUUGGAUGAAUUUGGAGAUCAAGUUGAUAGAACUCAAGGAAGAUUGGACAAAGCUAUGAGGAAAGUAGCUUAUAUUAUUAAACAUAAUGAAG